AUGCAUUUGUUAGCGCCUUUGCUACUAGCACCGCUGGCGUGCGCAGCUCGUAUACCCUACGAGCAGUAUAUCCUAGCUCCAUCCUCUCGUGAUCUAAUUCCCGUCGGCGUUCACCAAAUCAAUGGCUCAGUCACAAAUGCCAAAGCCCUGACACGGCCCUCCGGCGGGUCCACCACUUUCAACGGUAUUUCAUCUGUCACGUACGACUUUGGGAAGAACGUAGCCGGCCUAGUCUCCCUCGAAGUGGGAUCUUCGUCUUCUUCCUCGGCCUUUCUGGGCGUGACAUUCUCCGAGUCUAGUCUGUAUAUCAGCAGUGAUGCCAGUGAUGCCACCGCUGACGCAGGCCUGGAUGCUCCGCUUUGGUUCGCCAUCGGUCAGGGGGCUGGGAAGUAUACGCCCGAGGAGAAGUAUCAGCGCGGUGCAUUCCGCUACCUCACUAUCGUGAGCAACACGACUGCGAGUGUGUCACUCCAUUCGCUCCAUGUUCAGUUUUUAGCUGCCCCGAAGCAAGAUCUCCGGGCUUACACUGGAUGGUUCCACUCGGAUGACGAACUUAUCAAUAAGAUCUGGUAUGCUGGCGCGUACACGAAUCAGCUCUGUACGAUCAAUCCAACAUCGGGGAAUGCGUUGGUUCAUCUGGGCAGUAUCGGCUCAGGAGAUAAUAUCACACUCCCGCAGACUGUUACCUGGUGGAAUAAUUAUACAAUCACGAAUGGUAGCAGUACCAUCACCGACGGAGCGAAGCGGGAUCGCCUAGUGUGGCCUGGUGAUAUGUCCAUCGCUCUCGAGAGCAUUGCCGUUAGCACUGGGGAUUUGUACAGCAUCCGCAUGGCACUCGAGUCGUUGUUCGCACUUCAACAGUCCAAUGGCCGGCUUCCAUACGCAGGGAAGCCGUUCUACGAUGUCGAGAGCUAUACCUACCAUCUGCACAGCCUCAUUGGCAUGUCGUAUCUGUAUCGCUUCUCGGGCGAUCAGACCUGGUUAGCUAAAUACUGGGAUCAGUAUGUGCGAGGUGUCGAGUGGGCCCUGUCCAGUGUUGACGGUACUGGUCUGGCCAACAUCACUGCGAGUGCGGACUGGCUGCGCUUUGGAAUGGGAGGUCAUAACAUCGAGGCAAAUGCCAUCCUCUAUUUCGUGCUCCAGGAUGCCCAGAGUCUCGCUCAGCAACUCAAUCAUACCUCCACGGCAACCAAAUGGAACCAAAUCGCCGCUCGCAUCAAAACAGCAGCCAACAACCUUCUCUGGGAUGACCAGGCAUCCCUGUAUCGCGACAAUGAGACCACCACCUUGCACCCGCAGGAUGGCAAUUCCUGGGCAAUCAAAGCCAACCUAACCACCUCCACGACCCAAAGCAUCGCCAUCUCCCAAGCCCUCCAAUCCCGCUGGGGUCCCUAUGGCGCCCCCGCUCCCGAAGCCGGCACAACCAUCUCUCCCUUCAUCGGCGGAUUCGAACUCCAAGCACACUAUCUUGCCUCCCAACCUAAGGCAGCACUCGAUCUCAUCCGGCUACAAUGGGGGUUCAUGCUUCAAGAUCCCCGCAUGACACAAUCAUCUUUCAUUGAAGGGUAUUCCACGGACGGGAGAUUACAUUAUGCACCGUACAGCAAUGAUGCACGUAUCUCGCAUGCCCACGGGUGGUCGACGGGGCCAACCUCGGCGCUGAGCAUGUAUGCAGCGGGUAUUCAGCUCACGGGGCCGGGAGGAGCGGAAUGGCGCAUUGCGCCUCAACCGGGUAAUCUCAGCACCAUUGAUGCUGGCCUGUCGACCUCCCGUGGGCAAUUUGCAGUGCAGUUCCAGGGGAAGAAUGGGAAGUAUGAGACAUUCUCCUUUCAGACUCCUUCCUCUACGCGGGGUGAUGUGGUUUUGCCGGGGACACGGGGGACUCUGGUAUCGAGGACGGGUCAGCGUGUGCCACUGGUAAACAAUGUCGCCCGGGGACUGUCUGGGGGAAGCUGGAAGCUGGAGAGAGCGGGUCAAUAG